AUGGAAUGGGAAUGUAAAGAAAUUGAUAAAUACAUAGUUCUUAAUAAGCCAAUAGGCAAAGGAAAUCAAGCAACUGUUUACGAAUCAUACAGAAAAGAUAACUUGUAAAUAGUUGCAGCAAAAGUUUUUGAUUUAACUUAGAAUGGUUAAACAAAUUAAGCUAGAAACCUUUAAAGAUAGGUUAAGAUUCUUACAACAUUAAAGCAUCCAUAUAUUUUAGAGUGCUUUGACAUUAAACAAACCCAAAAGAAUUAAUACUUCUUCUUAGAGUAUUGUGAUGGAGGUGAUUUAGAAAAAUAUUUAAAAGAGAAGCAAUUUAUUACUGAAUCUGAAUGCCUAGAUCUGUUUAAGCAAAUAGUCUCUGCAUUUCAAAUGUUGGAAAAGAAAAAUAUAGUUCACAGAGACUUAAAACCUGCUAAUAUACUACUCAAAAAUGGAUAGUUGAAGAUAGCAGAUUUUGGUUUCGCUAAAGAAAUAUAAGAUGAUGUAUAAAAUACUAUUGUAGGAUCUCCUAUUUUUAUGUGUCCACAGGCUCUUGAUGGAACAGGACAUUACGAUUUAAAAAAGGGAGAUGUUUGGAGUGCUGGUGUUUGUCUUUACCUGAUGCUUUAUGGAAUAUAUCCUUUUUAUGCUAGCAAUGUUCAAAAUCUCAUUUAGACACUCAAACAAUAACAGUUAGUUUUCAGAGACGACCUCUACAAAAGGUCAGAUGCAGUAAAAGAUUUGCUUUCUCACAUGCUUGAAAAAGAAGAAUCUAAAAGGUACACUUGGGACUAAGUUGCUUCUCAUAAAUGCUUAAACGCAGGAUCACAUUAUUAAAACAAUCCUUUGCUGGGUAGCUUGGAGAUGAACCAAGUUUCAGGAAUAUCGUCGUUUAAUAGUGACUAUAAGAAUGUUGAGCUGAAACAGUAAAAUGAAUAGAAAAGCUCAUCAAUUGAAAAUCCAUAGACACCUAGCUAAUAGUAGAAUUAGAACAAUGUUUCAAUUUAUAAAAGAAGAGAUAAUACAAAUCAAUUGAAAUAAAUACAUUUACUAUUUAGAUUACUCACUUAAUUUGCACUUACAUAUAGAAUUAUAUGGAAAGGAUUUUUUUAGUUAAUUGUAGCAUAGUAGUAAGGAAAUAUAUACUUUAAAACUGAUUCUAUUGUAAAUGCUAUUUUCCUCUUAAUGAACUCACUAUUACUCAAAGAACACAAAUUUUUAAGGGAAUUAAUAUAAAAUCCCAAACAAUUCAUAGCCUUUAGGAUACAAAGAAAUAAAUUAGAAAAUAUAAACGAAGACGAUCUGACUUAUUAUUUUAAUUCAGAAAUAUACAAGAGUUUCAUGUAAAAUAUUACCAUCAACUUCCAGCAAGACACAUAAGUAUCCAUAAUGAAUUAUUCAGAAAUGUUUUAAGCUUAGCUAGUUGCAGCAGGCUUCCUAAAUGUCAUCACUGAAGACAAAUGUAAUGAAUACAUAGAAUGCUCCUUAAAUAUUAUAAAUCAAAACAUUUAAUAAAUGUCUCAAGAUGCCUUAAAUUAAGAAAACAAAACAUAUAUUACUUUAUUGUUGUAUCUUUUCUUCCUUCAAAAAAACGAAAAGAGAUUGUAGUCUUUUACUAAUCCACUUGAACACUAUUAAAAGUUGUAAAAAUACAUGGAAGAUAUUAAUUUCACAAGUAAGCAAUAAAUAUAUGAUCAAAUACAACAUUACAUUGCUACUGAUUUAGCUCAAGGAAUGGAUGAAGAAGAUGAUGACGAAGAUAACGAAGACGAAGAUGAACAACUAGCUCAGUUAAUUAACAAAUAUACAUGA